AUGGAGAAUAUAGCGAAAAAAUGUGAUUUUAGUCUUGAAAACAACAAGUUUGAAAGUAAUUAUGCAAGAGUCUAAGGAGGGGCGAUAUAUUUCAACAAGAAUUUGCCUUAAAAUAUUGAUAAAAAUGAAUUUUCAAAUGAUAAUUAUGCUUAAUACGGAUCUAAUAUAGCUAGUUUUCCUUUUGGGAUUAAUCUUAUUUAACAAGAUUAAUUCCUCUUAGCGAGUGGUAUUGUAUAACUUGAAGAAAUUGAUCGAAACUUAAAAAUAGUAGGACUUAAGUAAGUUAGAGCAGAAAAUGGAAUCACAGAAUUCAAAAAGUUAAUAGUGUAUGGCCCACCAUCCCACAUAAAUGCUUAAUUUCGAAUAUAUUCAUCAACUAUUAACACUGAAUACUUAAAAUCUAAUUUUCAACUGGUACCCUCUGAGAAAAUUAAUAAUUUAGUCUUAAGCUUUUCCUUUAGAUAGUGCCUAGAAGGUGAAAUUCAAAAUCAAGAUUCAAGUGCAUGCAUUGGAGGACUAAUACCAUUAAAGACAGAUGAUAUUUAACCGAUAUUUAAAAGAGAUUCUGAUAUUUUGUGUGCUCCUGGAUAUUAAGGAAAUUUAUGCGAUGCUUGUGGAAGUUAAAAUGGAGUUUAGCUUCAAAGGACAUCAAAGCAUAAUUGUGCAAUGGGCAUCCUAAUAUUUUUCAACAUCAAAAAAACUCAUGAAAGUGAGGUCAAUGUUGUAUUAAGAAUAGCUACCAAUUAUUUAUAGAUAAUGACUACUACUGGAGCAUAUAAUUUAGAGUGGCCUUACUAUCUUUCAGAGCUCUUUGGUGUUUAUAAUAGUCUUGGAGAUGCAAUUGAUAGCCUUAUUUCGAUUGAAUGUUUUUUUAAUGGAUCGAAAUCAUUUUAAGGAGAAGAAUCUGUUUAUUAUUUAAAAGCAUUGAUUGUAUCACUAUUUCCUAUUUUUAUCAUAUUUUUCUUAUCCACAGUUCUAGUAUUGUAUUCAAAGUAUAAAAACAUUGACUAAGCAAUUAUUAGAGAAUAGUUAUUUAUUACAGCAGUUGUGAUUAUCUAUACAUUGCACCCAACAAUCAACAAAUUUAUACUUGCACUUUUUAAUUGUAUCGAGCUAGAAAAAGGAGAGUAUUGGUUAGAAUAAGAUUUACAGGUUAGAUGCUGGACUUAAAAUCAUUUCCUUUGGGCAUUAUCCAUUGGAAUUCCUGCAUUAUUAAUUUGGGUCAUUGUAUUACCAAUUUUCCUUUUACAUUAUAUCCAUAGCAAAAGAAAAGAACUUAAAGCACCUCUGUAUUCUUAUAAAUUCAAAAUGAUCAAGCAAGGAUUAAGGAACAGAUAUUACUAUUGGGAGUUUGUUAAUAUUUUGAGGAAAACUAUUUUAGUAGUGGCUAAUGUAUUUAUGCAAAGUUAUAGAAAUAUAUUCAAAUCAUUAUUCAACAUAUUAAUACUUUCAUUUUUUCUUCAAUUACAUCUUAGACUUAAACCAUACAAAAACCCACUCAUAAAUGCUCUUGAAUACAGAGAAUAUCUUUGCUCAUUAGUCAUAUUUUUCGGAUCUCUAUUCUUUGUGAAUUAGGAAAUUUCUUCUGAAACUCAGCUGCUUGUUUUCAUAAUAAUAGUUGCCUAUAACCUUAACUUCAUUAUUUUAUGGAUUUACACUUUGAUGGAAAUAUCCUAAAUAAAAAAAUUGAGAUUUGUAAAAAUUCAUUUAAAGAAAAUUUUACUUAUACCUUAAAGUGUAUCUGAAACCAAAAUAUCAUUAAAGCCAUAGGAAUUUAUAAAUAAGGUUGAUCGAAUAAAUAAAAGCUCAAAUACGAGUAUUUUAGAAUUGCAAAAAGUAUUCAAUUUGGGUUCGAUAAAAGGGAAAAAUAACAUUAAAAAUAUUGAAAAAGGGCACUCUAAGAAUAGCAAGCAAUCAAAGUAGAACACUCGGCUAUACAAAUAAAGAAGUAAAAAACCAUAUGAGAAAAAUUAAUUUGAAAAAAAUGAUAAUCCCUUAAAUUCUAAUUAAACCUAGAGAAUCAUUAAUUCUUAAAAAUAUAGUGAUAAAAGAUAGUAUCAAUCAAAUAGAAACAUAAAUUCACCAGAUAUAUUAACACUUAGAAAAUACUAUAAUGAAGACACAAUGGAUGUAAAGCAAGAUUCUGUUAAUACUAUGAUACCUAGGCUACAAAGAAAAACUACAAAAUCACCUUAAACUAUUAAGAAUAAAUAGAUCCUAGAUCAUUCGCCAAUAAAUAAAUUUGAAUUUUAAAUAAAGAUUGCAAAUGAUAAGAAUAUUAAUAAAAGAUUGGUGAUUGAAUAAAAUAGAAAGACUCUUGAAUAAGAACUCAAUUAGGUUUCCAAUAUUACUGAGGAUUAGAAAAUUUAAGCUUUAUCACUCAAUUAGUCUACUAAAGAAGUCAAAAUUAGGAAUAAUGAUUCCUAAUAAAAUGAUAAAUAUGGCGAUUUUUAUCUUAAGAUACUUCAAGUAAAAUUCAAGGAUUGA